GUAUUUCGUGGGUUGAUGGAAAAUUAAUGGACUCCAUGAUUUUGGGUGUCACAAAAGUAUUGAAGUGGUGCACUAGGAUGGUAAUCCCACUAGUGUGGCCAACAAUGCUAGAAAAUUCAGUGGCUAAGGAGAGGAUGGUUCUGAGCCCAUCUUUGCCUAUUGAAGUGAGGGAUAAUGGAUUGGGAGUGAUUAACGAAUGUUUGACCACCGGUGAGGAUGGAAAUUUGGGCACUAAAAAUAGAAAGGUAUGUGAUGUUUCUCAAUUUCAAGGGGAUGUGGGUACUGAGAUGCUGCAUGGGGAUGAUAUCCCUGUGUGUUUGUUGAACAGGCAAAACUUCUCAUCUGCAUCAUCUUUUUUUUUGGUUGAUCAUUCAUAUAAGCGGAGAUGGAAACAAAAUUAUUUGGUGGAUGAUGAAAAUGGACUGUUUCGAGACAAAGAGCCACCUGACAAAGGCUUUAGCUCUGACCAAGAAAGCUCAAAGAAAUGGGUUGACAUGAUAGAGGAUUCAGGUGAUGAUGAAGCUCAAAGGCUCGCUUUGGUGAGUCACGUAGUAGAAGAAUCCUCAUACUCCAGUACUGGGUGUAGUCCCAGUGAGAAUACCGAUCUACCUUCUUUAUGA